UUUGAGGUUGUCGGAGUCGCAGCGGGUGCCGCAGGAAGAAGUUGAUGUCUUCAAAGAGAUAGCCAACGAGUUGGGCGCUGUACAUUGGACGUUCGAUGCUGAUUUAUGUGAAUUGGAGAUGGGUGGGAUCUCACAAACUGCUCCACCAAACUCUGAUGGUUAUGUUGAAUGCAAUUGCAAUUAUAACAACAACACCGUCUGCCAUGUUACGACACUUGUGAUUAAGGGUUACAAUCUUCCUGGAGUUCUUCCAUUGUCAAUUGUAAAGCUUCAGUACCUCCAGCAUGUUGAUGUUGCCUACAAUCUCCUAACUGGCACAAUUCCGGAAGAGUGGGCUUCAAUGCAACUGAAUUUUAUCUCUGUACUCGUAAACCGUUUAUCUGGACAAAUACCAAAGUAUCUGGCAAACUUUACUAGCCUUACAUACUUGAACCUCGAGGGAAACCAAUUCUCGGGGGCAUUCCUCCUGACAUCGGAAGGAUGACAAAUUUAA